AUGCUGGCACCUAAGGUGCGCAAGUAUGCAAGUGUGGCCGAUAAACUGUCUAUCGUACAGGGACUUCUACUUCGGGGUACAAGGAUAGUCUUUCCCCCUUCAUUACGCGAAGAAGUUCUGCAGCAACUACACACAGGACACCAAGGCGUUGUGAGAUGCCGAGCAAGAGCACGGGAGUCUUCGUGGGGGCCAGCAGUCAGCCAAGACGUUGAGACGCACGUGAGCAGAUGCCCAACCUGCACAAUGCACCGUCCUGUGACAAGUGAACAGUUGCUUCAGACACCGCUCCCAGAACGCCCAUGGCAGGUGGUCGGCACAGACUUGUUCCACCAUGAAGGGAGGAACUACAUAGUAGCUGUUGACUACUACUCAAGAUUUUUUGAACUGGAAGAGCUUAGUGGAACUCAAACCAAACAUGUUGUGCAGUUCCUUAGUAAUUUGUUCGCCCGCUAUGGCAUUCCAGACAUCUUGAGGUCCGACAAUGGCCCACAGUACAGCUCACUCGAGUUCCUGCAAUUUACGAGCAGUUGGGGUGUAAGACAUGUGACCUCCAGCCCGCAUUACGCGCAAAGCAAUGGCGAAGCUGAGAGAGCUGUACAGACUGCCAAGAACAUCAUCCGAAAAUCCACGAAUGUUGCGGAAGGCCUUCUUGCCCACAGAGCUGCGCCUGGACCCGAGGGUUACUCGCCAGCUGAGCUUCUCAUGGGCCGCGAGCUCAAAACAAACGUCCCUACUCUGCCUGGAACACUUGAGCCCAAGUGGUAUUACCAGCAUCAGUUCCGGCAAAACAAUGCAGUCGUUCGUGAGCGAGAAGCCAAGAACUACAACAGGAGGCGUAAAACAAGAGACAGGCCACCUCUAAACACAGGUACUACAUUUGUCCAGAUCAGACAUGGGAGCCAACAACAAGGAACCAUUGUUGGAGAGUCAAAUGCACCGAGAUAUGUUGUGCAGGAAGCGUUCGUCGCACGAAAGCACAUCUGCAAGAGGUGCCAGAAGUUGCACCACCGAAUCAAGCAGGAACGGAUUGUCCAGGAGAAGCCAACCACACCACCCGCAGUGGCCGAGCCAUUAAAUCACCGCCACGCCUGA